GUCCCAGUCCUCAGACACGAGUCUCGCGGCCACAGCAAAGCCCCCUCGGAGGCGGCCGGACAGAGCCCUGACCGUCGGACCGACGACGGAGUCCCAGAGAGCAGGGCGGAUGGACACCUUCAGCACCAAGAGCCUGGCCCUCCAGGCCCAGAAGAAGCUCCUGAGCAAGAUGGCAUCCAGGGCGGUAGCGGCCGCGUUCAUCGACGACACCAGCAGCGAGGUGCUGGACGAGCUGUACCGCGCCACCAAGGAGUUCACCCGCAGCCGCAAGGAGGCCCAGAAGGUAGUCAAGAACCUGGUCAAGGUGGCCGUGAAGCUGGGUGUCCUGCUGCGCAGCGGGCAGCUGGGCGGCGAGGAGCUGGCGCGGCUGCAGCGCUUCCGGCAGCAGGCCCGCCGCCUGGCCAUGACCGCCGUCAGCUUCCACCAGGUGGACUUCACCUUCGACCGGCGCGUCCUGGCUGCCGCCCUGCUUGAGUGCCGGGACCUGCUGCACCAGGCGGCGGGUGCGCACCUGACCGCCAAGUCCCACGGCCGCAUCAACCACGUGUUCGGCCACUUGGCUGACUGCGACUUCCUCGCCGCGCUCUACGGCCCGGCUGAGCCCUACCGCUCCCACCUGCGCAGGAUCUGCGAGGGUCUCACCCGGCUGCUGGACGAGGAGAGCAUAUGACCUCCGACCUGACCUCCGACCUCCUCAUUCCGGCUUCCCGCUGGGGGCGGGGCUUGCGGGAGGGGUUUUAACCUCUUUUCUCCCAGUCUGACUCUGGCCAAAACCACCCCGCCCAACACACACACAGACACACACACAGACACACACACAGACACACACACACAGACACACACAGACACAGACACACACACACACACACACACACACACACACACACACACACACACACACACACACACACACACACUCGCGCGCGCGCCCGCCUCUGCAGCUCUAAGGACCCAGGUCACCUCUCCUCCUCCGGCCCAGUCUCCGUGGGGAGAGGAACUCAGCGCGGAGCCCGGCACGGCCUGCCUGCGCCAGCAGCCUCCCG